CCCAAACUGAACGAAUGAGCAAACUUAACUUACUUUCGGACAAUUGAAUGCUUGACUCGGAGAUAAUAAGGCUUCCACGUUAUACACGGCAGGUACAGCCGAACCUUCAGAUCCCGUUCAAGGUUCAUAAUAUAUAAGCGCAUCGGGAAAGAACCAAUUUCGCUAGUCGUCCAAUACCAACACCAACUCUGUAUUUUUGGACACGAAAGUAGUUCAGACGUGUUGCUUUCCUCCCCUUUUUACAGCAAAUCUGAUCGCCAUGAAACUCGAAGAUGUUCAGAAGACCGCGCAAGAGCAGGGUCGUCUGCAACAUGACUUGUGGAAGAUGACUCAAACGUGGGAACCAGGCGUCCUACCGAAUGCUGCUGCCCUGGCGCGGGCCAGAGAGUCCCUGCCGAAGACUCUCAGCGACCAAGGCCUGGGAUUUGACCGGGCGACGCAGCAUAUUCUGAACGACAUGGUACCUGCUUUCAAUCGUAGCAGUAUAAGCCCCAAUUACUACGGCUUCGUCACUGGCGGCAUCACUCCGGCCGCCCUUUUCGCAGACAACCUUGUCUCGGCGUAUGAUCAAAAUGUACAAGUCCAUCUAACAGAGCACUCCAUCGCGACAGAUGUCGAACACUCCGCCUUGGGUCUUCUUGUGGAUCUUCUACGGCUGGACAGGCGUCAUUGGCACAACGGCACUUUCACCACCGGAGCCACCGCAAGCAAUGUCCAAGGGUUGGCUUGCGGUAGAGAAUACGUCUUACGGGCUGCCGCUGAAAAGAAGGGCAUCUCAGUCAAGAGUGUUGGGGAGUACGGUCUGUUCGAGGUCAUGCAAGCGGCUGGGCUUUCUGGGAUCCAGGUUCUCUCAACUUUACCCCAUUCUUCGAUGGGAAAGGCAGCUGGCAUCCUCGGUAUCGGACGCACGAACGUCAAGAACAUCUGUCGGGAUGAUGAUCCCCUUCGGUUCGACCUUGACCGACUCGAAACGGAACUGGCAGUAAUCAACAAGGCCAGCAUCGUCGCUGUAUCUUGCGGAGAGGUCAACACCGGACACUUCGCCACGUCCAGCUUAGACGAGAUGCGGAGAUUGCGCGAGCUUUGUGAUAGAUACGGCGCCUGGCUUCAUGUUGACGGCGCAUUUGGGAUAUUUGGUCGCAUUCUCGAGCCCACCGCUGAAUUCGCUUCCAUCGUUCGAGGCUGCGAGGGAAUGGAGUUGGCAGACUCCAUCGCAUGUGAUGCACACAAGCUGCUCAACGUGCCCUACGACUGUGGUUUUGUCCUCUGUCGCCAUUCUGAAGAGGCCGUAAACGUAUUUCAGAAUGCGAAUGCAGCAUAUUUGACCGGUGGUCAAAGUGGUGGAAAUUCGAUACCGUCGCCUUUGAACAACGGGAUGGAGAACUCCAGGCGCUUCAGGGCACUACCAGUCUACACCUCUCUCGUGGCGUACGGUAGAAAUGGCUAUAAGGAUAUGCUCCAGAAGCAGAUCCGUUUGUCAAGAAUGAUUGCUGGUUGGCUGUACGACCAUCCAAAAUACAACAUACUGCCGGCAGCGGGCAGCAAAGACACGCUACUAGAUCGAACUUACAUGGUCGUGCUUUUCAGUGCCAAAGACGACAGCCUGAACCAAAGCCUUGCCAAGAGAAUCAACGACACUUCGAAGAUGUUCGUCUCUGGCACUUCAUGGGACGGCAGACCCGCUUGUCGGAUUGCUAUCUCAAAUUGGCGGGCGGAGGAAGAGCGAGAUUUUGUGCUUGUGACGGAAGUGCUGCAAAGCGUGGCUGAUGAGAGCACGUAGGCUAUG